ACGUCUGUGGUCUCCUCUACCUAUAUUAAUUACCUUUCUAGAUCCUUUAACUAGAAAACGAUAUUUUCUUAACAUGGGCGUAAUAUGCAAUGACACAUCUCACAAAUGGAACAUUCCAUAUAGGGUUAUAUGCCAAUAUAAAACCUGAGAGCAACUAAAAAGAAUCAACGUCUUAUUUUAAAAAAACAAAAAGAUACACUAGAAAUGUCUUACUGGAUGAUGCUAUUGAUGACAUUCUUCUGCACGAUUCUAGGGGGAUUCACCUGGUCUUAUGAUGUAAUGGUCAAUUCUUACAGAGAUGACACGAAGUGUGACCCCGAUGUGCCUUCCAGGUUCAUACCCAUAAUUGAUGAGGGUAAAAGUGAAGGUCAGGGGUCAGGCCUGGUCUGUAAGGAAGGUGAGUACCUGGACUGGUACAAGUGUUCACCGUGCGAGGAGGGAACAUUCAGGACAAAGCUGAUGGCCAGUUUGGACAGACAGUCCAUGUGUCUUAAAUGUCAGGAACCUGGCAUGUAUGAAAUUGUGAAAACGCCCUGUAACAAAACCAGGGACGCCAAGAUCACGUGCGAGGACGGGUUUUACCGACACCAUGUUCCAGGGAAGCCCUGUCUGUCCGCUUGCAUCCGGUGUGAUAUCUGUGGGGUCAAGAGGAACAUGUUCAAACCUUUUGAAGGCAGGGAGUGUAAGGGCUAUCACAACACAGUCUGCUGUCAAGAAGACCAUAUGUUUGUGGUGGAAGGUAAGUGUCAUCAUACACGGACAGCCACCGCGGCCACCACUACCCAAAGUGGAGAAAUCCUAGAAGAGAUUCGGUUUAACUUAGACGAAGAGGAAACAAUCGCCAUCUCAGCACAAGGUUUAGCCGGUGAUGGAGUAGAGGGUUUCGCUUCGAACAAAGGCUGUGCCUUGAACAACUUUAUUGUAUUCCACUCUGUGAUAAAUGCUUUGUAUAUAAAUAUAUUUCUUUUGAAUUUAUAAAAUUUUAUGGGCGCAACAUAAAUAGUCAUCCUCUGUGAACAUAGGUUAAUCCUUCAAUAAAUGUUAUUGUUAUGUUAUUUAUGUUAUGUUAUUUCAUAUCAGGCUGUGAACCAAAAUGUACUUAUAAAAUCACAUACAAUGUACUUCUAUUUAUUUGCAAAUCUUAUUGAUGAAAAAUUUUUAAAUAGUUUUCAAAUGUGUCUGAUAGUAAUAUAGUAUGAGAGAGAGAGAAAAGAGAGGGAGAAAGAGAGAGAGAAAAGAGAGAGAGAGAAAGAUAGAAAAAAAAAAGAGACAGAAAGAAGAGAGAGAGAAAAAGAGAGAAAAAAAGAGAGAGAGAAAGAAGAGUGAGAGAAAGAAGAGAGACAGAGAAAAGGCUAGAAAGAGAGAGAACGAGAAAGAAAGAUAAAGAAAGAAAUAGAUGGAGAAAGAAAGAGAGAGUAAGAGAGAAAGCGAAAAAGAGAAAGAAAGAAACAUAAAGAGAGAAUGAUAAAGAAAUAGAAAGAGAUAUAAAUAAAGAAAAAGAGAGAGAGAGAGAGAUAGAAAGAGAAAUAGAAAGGAAUCAGUAACCUUCCGAAACAACAGCCCCGCCUAAGCUUCAAUACAGCAAUAAGCGAAGUAAUCUCUUGGACCAUUCAGAUGUCAUCUUUCUGACUCUUCCAGAGGUCAAUGGUCAUAUGUCGCGGUCCAGCCUAACCCUCUCCUUUUCUCACCUCUCCCCACCUGUCUGUACAAACAUGUGCAACAGAGCAGACACACACAGCCUAAAGGCAAACAAUGGCUCUGUUAUAAUGUGUCUAUCUCUCAAUGGAGCAAGCGACAAUUAGAAGACAGACAUCCUUUAAGUCUUUCGUUAUAAAUUUUAUUCAAUAUUUUAUCGCCUUAAAAAAAAUGGUGGCCGCAUGCUUCCUAUAUAUAUAUAUUUUCUUACGUAUAAUAAAGAUUAUUAUUAUUAUUAUUAUAUUAUAUAUAUAUACAAUACAAUAUAUAUAUAUAUAUAUAUAUAUAUAUAUAUAUAUAUAUAUAUAUAUAUAUAUAUAUAUAUAUAUAUAUAUAUAUAUAUAUACAAUACGUAUGCAUCAUUCAUUGUUUCAGAAAAUGAUAUUAACCUGAUCCUAUUUUUUUAGAAACCGGUCGGACAAGUACUUACACUAAUUGGUGGGAUAUUUUAAGUUGUUUGUUUUUACACGUCAGUAAAUGGCUUCUUCUUUCUCUGUCUGCCUCUUCUUCUUUUUCCUGGUACUGUUCCCUGAAGGAAGGCAGACAGAGAAAGCGAUGGGAGGACAACAUAAAAGAAUGCACGGGCCUACUAUUGAUAGAAGUAGGCAAAAGACGGAGGAAUGGAGAAAGACAAAUCUUCCUUGGUGCCCCAACGGUCCAACAGACAAAGAGAUAG